UUUCGACUGAACAAGGUGCACGAAAGUUCUGCUCCGACCUGUUUUUUUGUUCAUCACAAAAUUUCAACACAAAUAAAUCACAGAAAAAUUCCCAAAAAAAUCACACAAAAUGCAGCAAACCCGAAAUUGAAUUAACAGUGCCGCACAAUUAAAUUUAUCCGGAAGUAUUAAUAAUAAAUGAUGUUUUAACAAGUGUCCCACAUUCCGCCAGUAAAUAAAAAAUCCGUAAAGUGAAAACAUUCCAGAAUCCGAAAAAAAAAAUUUUUUUUUAUGAAUGGAUUGAAAGUCAUCGUCAUUCGCUCAUCAUCGAUUGCAUUCGAGACUUGGAUGUUCUUUUCAAUACAAACACAAAAAAAAAUCAUCUCACCUUCUCAUCUCAUCUGUGUUGAUGUUGUACGGAAUAAAUUAAACUAAGAAGUAAUUUAAUUAUAGUCACGAAGGAGUGAAGAAGUUUUUUGCUUCUUUUGCACAUCAGCGCAUUUAUUUUAAUCACAAUCAAACAUUAUUGUGACACACGAGACCCAUUUAUUUCCAAUAUUAAAUAGCUUCGUACUAUAGCGUAUAGUGACAAUACAAAAAUAGAAGUAAAUAAAAACAAUAAAUGGAAAAAAUAUAGUGCUUUAGUGCAGAUUAACAAGAAAACAUUUUUGUUAGAAUAUAUUUAGAGAUUUUAAAAAAAGUGCUUAUAUUUACAUAAAAAAAAAACAAAUUUUAUUAAAAAAAAAUUAUAUAUACAAAAAAAUAUAUUCUUUGUUACGAUAUACAAAAAAAAUAAAUAAAUUAAAAAAUUAAUUAUUAAAGAAAGAAACUUAAAAAAAAUAAAAAUGGCAGGCCCAGAGAUAACUUUUUUGUUUCAAUUUGGAAAUUGGCGUGAUAUUGUAACAGUAGAUGCUUCAACACUUAAUUUAAAAACUUUAAAAGAUUUAGCAUGUGAUUUUAUUAACACAAAGGUACCCGAAAAUGGUGUGAAUCACUUGGCUGAUCGACUAUUGCUUUUUCGACACGAUUAUAAUUCCGUGAAUGUGUUACAACUGAUAAAUUCUACGACAGAAAUUGUUGACGAAACUGUCGUUGAAAUUGUUUUGACUGCAAAUAGUCACGUUCCAAACAGCAGCAGCAACGACAUUCCCCUUGUGAGACCUCACGCUCUCGUCGUACAUUCCUACAAAGCGCCCACAUUUUGUGACUUUUGCGGCGAAAUGUUGUUCGGUUUAGUGCGGCAAGGAUUAAAAUGCGAAGGUUGUGGCUUAAACUACCAUAAACGAUGCGUUGUAAAGGUGCCAAAUAACUGCAGUCGAUCCGAAGACACAGCAAGACGUCUACAACAACAACAACAACAGCAUCUUCAUGCUCCCCGAAGUCCUUCAGCUAAUUCGAAUAAUUCAGGCGCUUCAACGAACGACGAUGCAUUCCUUAUCAACAAUUCAGGCGCUGCUUCAAGUAACGCAGGCUCAACUUUGAACGUUCCCACAGUGCGUCGUCAAAGUCGUUCUCCCGCAGGAUCUCGAACCGGAUCCAGCAAUGGCGGCAGUUGCUCAAGCAUUCUCACAGCUGGCUCAAGUAUGCGCAUUCCUCAUUCAUUCGCCAUCCAUUCGUACACGCGCCCAACGGUGUGUCAUUUGUGCAAAAAACUCCUCCGUGGCUUGUUCAAACAAGGCGUUCAAUGCAAAGAUUGUCAUUACAACGCGCACAAAAAAUGCGUCGAAAAAGUCCCGAAAGACUGCACGGGCGAAAGUUGUCUCGUUGGCGACAUGAACGACUUGAAUAUGUCUGGCGGCGAAAUUUAUUACAAAGAAGAACUCGAAGACAGCGAUGGCGACGACACGCAUUCGCCUCACAACAAUAACAAUCGCGUUGCAGCGCCCCCUGUGCAAAUCAACGGAACUAACUACGAUUUGGCGCCAAUUAUCGACAUGGAUCCAAAUGGCGGGAACGAAGCGACGGGCAUCGAACAAUCACGCAAAAGUAGUGCCAGUUCGUCGCCGAGUGCGAAUAUCCCGCUCAUGAGAAUUGUUCAGUCCGUGAAACACACGAAAAAGCGAAACGGCAAAGCAAUUAAGGAAGGAUGGCUCGUGCAUUUUACGAACAAAGAUCGAACUGUGCGACGCCAUUAUUGGAGGUUAGAUUCAAAAGCGAUCACACUUUUUGUCUCGGAUCAAGGCAGCAAAUACUACAAAGAGAUCCCGCUCGACGAAAUAACCUCAAUUGAAGUUGCGAAGAGUCUUCAAGGCGAAAUUCCGCAUUGUUUUGAACUUCGUACCGCAAAUGUCGAUUACUACGUGGGCCAAGACCCGCUGCACAAUCUGAAAGAAAACGAGCCAAUGAUGAAUUUGCCGCCUCCCGAAAGCGGCGUCGGAGCAUAUCUCGCAAAAAGUUGGGAAACGACAAUUCGUCAAGCACUGAUGCCCGUGACAGCAACUCGCAGCGAUCCAUCGGCAAGCGAACAACCCGAAAGUCGAACGACAGACAUUACACAAGUUUAUCAAAUCUUUCCCGAUGAGGUUUUGGGUUCGGGACAAUUUGGCAUCGUUUAUGGCGGCAUUCACAAAAAGACGCAUCGAUCAGUUGCGAUCAAGGUUAUCGAUAAAUUGCGUUUCCCCACGAAGCAGGAGGCGCAAUUGAAGAAUGAAGUUGCCAUUUUACAGAAUUUAUCUCAUCCAGGCGUUGUGAAUUUGGAAAGAAUGUUUGAAACAACCGAACGUAUUUUUGUCAUAAUGGAAAAAUUGAAGGGAGACAUGUUGGAGAUGAUUUUAUCGCAUCAGAAUGGAAGAUUGUCGGAAAGAGUUACGAAAUUCCUCAUAACUCAGAUUCUCGUCGCUUUAAAAUACCUUCACAGUCGAAAUAUCGUGCAUUGCGAUCUCAAACCUGAGAAUGUUUUACUCUCAUCUGAUUCCGAAUUUCCUCAAGUCAAAUUGUGUGACUUUGGAUUCGCCCGAAUUAUUGGAGAAAAGUCUUUCAGACGUUCAGUUGUUGGAACGCCAGCAUAUUUAGCUCCCGAAGUGCUUCGUAACAAGGGUUACAACAGAUCUCUCGAUAUGUGGAGUGUCGGCGUGAUUAUUUACGUGAGUUUAAGCGGCACAUUUCCCUUCAACGAAGACGAAGACAUCAACGAUCAGAUCCAAAAUGCGGCAUUUAUGUAUCCGCCGAAUCCGUGGAAGGAAAUUUCUUCUGAAGCAAUUGAUUUGAUCAACAAUUUGCUGCAAGUGAAACAACGCAAACGCUUCACUGUCGACAAAUCGCUGUCGCACACGUGGCUCCAAGAGAUCCAAACCUGGAACGAUUUACGAGCGCUCGAAGCACAAAUUGGCUUGCGAUACAUCACGCACGAAUCCGAUGACGCCCGCUACCUAAAUGCGCACGUUCAAUGACCCCGAACCCCCGUGCUUCUCGAAGAAGAUGCAUCCUCCGUCGCUCAAAGUCUUUCGCAAUCGACGUCGACGUCCUCCCCGAAAUCCGACAUGAGCGGAAAAGCGUUCAAAUGGAUGCGCGGGCGUCUCUGUCGCAACAUCAAGGCCUAACCUCCAUCAUAAAACUUAGAAAUUAACUAAAAAUUUAGGAAAAAUUAGAAUAUUUUAUAUGAUCGUGAAUAGCUGCUUGUUCUUUUUUUACACUUAAAUACUAAAAAAAACUACUGAAACUACUCAAAACACAAAAAAAAACACGGAAUUGAAAGACUUUUUUACACAAUUUGCCAAAAAAAACUUUUUACGUGUGUUCAAAAAAAUUAAAAAAAAACUUGA